UACACAUCAUCCCCUCUGGCUCCAAACUGCUGGAGGCUCCUCUCCCUGGUCUGGCCCUGCCGCAGGGACACACCCGGGGGGAGGAGCUGCCGUCUUAGUCUUAGUGGGGCCCAGCCUCGCCAGACAGCAAGCUCUUGUUUCCUCUCCUCCACCGGCUGGAACUGACAUGGCCCAGGAACGUGCCGCCUGCGCCCUGGAGCCCGAGCAGGUCCAGCAGCUGCUGCUCUCCUGCCAGGAGGCCAAGAAGUCAGCCUACUGCCCCUACAGUCACUUCCCUGUGGGGGCCGCCCUCCUCACCCUGGACGGGAGGAUCUUCUCGGGGUGCAACAUAGAAAACGCCUGCUACCCUCUGGGCAUCUGUGCUGAACGGACUGCCAUCCAAAAGGCCGUCUCAGAAGGGUACAAAGACUUCAAGGCAAUUGCUAUCGCCAGGUUCCAGCUGAACCAGAGCACUGAGCAACACGCUCUCUGUGCCCCAAACAUCACCAUGCAAGUCCCCGCGUGCUACCCUCAAAGGAUGCUCCUUGAGUUCUCAUUGGCUCUGGACUCAGACUCAGUGGCUUCAGGAUUCAAGCAUGCGAAGGGCUCUUUGACUCGGACCCCAUCACACUCCUGAUCUAAUGGUGAAUUGCUCUUGCGUGUACCUGUGCCUUGUCUCAGAGAGUUGUCUUAGCACGUUAAUGGUGCAGGGGAAACGACAUGGGAAAUGUUGAACGCACCCGGAGAGAGAUGGCAUGGCCCACCCAAUCUUGGUCUUUGGGGACGCCUGGGUGCAGUGAGUUCUCUCUUCCUUGCAGUGGAGCUGCAUGACCUUUCUGGCAGAAAUGCAAGCUGCGGAGAUUGAUGGGAGCCGUGUGACAGAAACGAGCUUCCAUCUCUUUUAUAAGAUCCUAAUCUCUGCCUCGGUCUGGCCCUGAGGGGGACCAGGUUAUUGAAGGUUUUGUCCUGAGUAACUGGAGCCAAGGUCCACUUAGGGAGAAGGGCCCCGGCUUCCGAGAGCCCUCCCUGUGGCCAAGGUCAGGCCUGGCGUCCCUUCAGCUUUGGGAGAAAUAGAUGAGGCCGUGCUGGGAACAUUCUGUGCGGACGAGCAGACAUCAGGAUGUGAAUUACACUUUAUUAAAAGAAAGUUGGGGAAGAAUAACUCAAUUGCAAAGCUGAUCCAAGAAAAUAAUGAUAUUCUGGGGAAAAACAGGCCAAAGUCAAAGAAAGGAUGAUGGCACGGUAGCCUUGCUCUGUUUAGAAUGUUCCAAAUGAAAGGUGGUUUCUCUUGGUCAUUAUCUACUUUUAAACAUGACCAGAUAUUGCUAGCAAUGAUUAGCAAAUGUCCUUAUUUACACAAAAGUCAUGGGUAUAGCCCUGGCUCCGGGCUUAGUGAGACCUGGUUUCAAAUCCUGCUCCCCUGCGGACCUCCGCUGGGCUUCACUAGGAAGCACGUUGCUGCUCCUCUCUGAGCCUGGCUUUUCAUCUGUGAAGUGGAGGAGAGCAAUACUUCCCCACUGGGCUGUUGCGAGGACUCGGGAAAUUAUUUCUGUAAGGCUCCUGGCACAGAGAAUGCAAUAAUUAAAACUCUUGUUAUAAGUUAUCGUUAUCACUUCUGCAAACUGCAAAACUACCGAAGGCAGAGGCCGCACAUCCUGGGUUCAGAUCCUGUUCUGCCACUCACCAGCUCUGUGACGUUGGGCAGGUCACGUCACCUUUCAUGAUCCGUAACACGUGGAUGACAAGAGCACCUACAUUCCUCUGCCUUAUAGGGUUGUUAGGGGAUGAAAUUAAUUAAUGCACCUAAGGUCCUCAGCAUAGUGCCUGGCACAGGGAAGUGCCAUGUAAGUGUAAGCCAUUAUUACUAUCGGCUGCCUCCCAGUUUCCAGAGCUACGCUGCUUGCAUGCACCAUCUUGUAACUUUUGGUGGUUGAACCCUAGGCCAAAUCCAACUUCCCAGUGGAGUGUAUGUUCACUGCCCACCCCCUCCAACUUGAAAACCCUAAUGCAGCAGGUCAUCUUGUCCAAGGAGCUAUACAUUGGGCAGUUAGCCAUGCAUCUCACAAGACUGGGAAAGGAAGUGGUGAUCUUGGCAAGGGCCAGAUCAUACAAGGCCUUACAGGCCAGGGAAAGGAGGCUGAAUUUCACUCAGAGCACCUCUCCCAUGGUGCUUCCUACAGUCUACCUGUGUUAUGGCAUUUACAUGCAGAUUUUAUCUCCCCCUCCAGCCAGUAAGGGCCCUGAAGGCAGGGAUUCUCUGCUUGGUCUUUGUUGCUCUUUCUCCCUGCCUGCCUAGCACUGAGCAGGCUCUCGGUCAACAUGGGUGAAAUGAAGUAAAAAUAACAUAGAGUCCAACCUCCAAAGAGCUUAUGAGAGGCUCUGGCUGUACCACCUGUCACCUGGUCCUCACAAGGGUUAAUUAGCUUCAGUAGACAUCCAGGGCAGGGGUCCCCACCUUCUCAUAUCCCCAUGGAUUUUUGUUCUGAAGCUGGCAGUGUGCUCAGAAAGGACCCCACCUUUCCAUGGAGCAGAACCGUUCUUUGACUGGACCCCCCCCCCCCCACCUACAAAAGGGAGUUAUCAUGAGGAUUAAAUAAAACAGCACCCCAGCCCUCUGCCCUCAGCUGCUCUAUUACACUCACGGCAUCUACCUCUAGCCCCACUUCAUGCACGGCUGGUCAGUCGGCCGGUCGGCUGUCCGGCUCCCCUCCAUAGUCAAAAACUCCUGCAUGCAAUGAAUUUCAUCUGUCCGUUCACUGCUGCAUCCCCAGCACCCACAGUGCUGGGCAUAUAGUACAUGCUCAAUAAAUAUGUGGUAAUUAAUGAGAUCAUGUAUAUAAAGGGCUUUGCAGGAUGCCUGGCAUAUUCUAGGCACAUAUUAAACAAUGUGAUAUGGGGCUGGCUUGGUGGCACAGCAGUUAAGUUUGCACAUUCCACUUCGGUGGCCCAGGGUUCGCCGGUUCGGAUCCCAGGUGCAGACCUAUGCA